UAAGGGUCACAUGUAAAAUUCACUUGUAUUAUCAGACUACAAUAGAAGAGAUCGAAGAGAGGUUAAUGUCUCUCUCUCUCUCUCCAACAUACCCACCGAAACCAACAUAACAAAGGUACUGUCUGAGUGCUUUAUUAUACGAGUAAUUAUUAGUCUGGAAAUCAACCUCUUUGAUAGCAGUAGUAGCAGCAACUCCAAAGCAAAUUGAUUAUUCUACCUCUUCUGCAAGCCUCUUCAUCAUCACUUUAUUAUAUAUAAAUAGCAAAUAACCUUCAGAAAGUGGCUUGAUUGGCUUGCCUUUAAACUUCAUUUCAUUUUCAUGAUCAUUUUCAGUAACUUUGCCCCUAUAUUUAGCUAUAGAUUUGCUUCAGCUCAUCAUCACCAUCAUCAUCCCAACCGAAUAACAAUUGACUUAUUUUCUUCUCAUUUAUGGGAACAGUAGAAACAAGCAAUUAAUUCUCCAUCAACUACUUGUUUAUAGUGUUGCAAAAACACUAAAUAACAAACAAACAAAUCAAGAUAAUCAUAAUGGAUUCAUAUGAAGCAACAAGAGUUGUGUUUACAAGGAUCCAAAAUUUAGACCCAGAAUAUGCAUCCAAAAUUAUGGGUCUUUUGUUAAUCCAGGAUCACGGCGAGAAAGAAAUGAUCCGGUUAGCUUUUGGCCCGGAAUCAUUAGUUCACACCGUGAUCGUAAAAGCUCGAAAAGAACUCGGCAUUUCUUCGCCUUCCACACCUUCAACACCAUCUUCACCUUCACCAUUUAGUCGUCAGAAUUCAAACAACUCAUUCGGCGGUUCGAGGGCUGGCAACGGUGGAAGCGUUAACCUUCCAUCGCCUUUAAGUAUCCCGAGUUUGUCCUCGUCCUGGUCAAAUUCGGGAUACGAAGACCAUCAUUUGAAUUCUGCAGCUCCGCCUUUUUAUGGAGGAGCUGCCACUGAGCCUGAUCUGAUUGAUGAAUUACAAAUUCAAGACCAACUUUCAUUUCUUGAUGAUGGCGAGGUGUUUUCGCCAUGGGGUGGUUCCGGCGGUGGUGGGCCACACCGCCGAAGUUCAUCAGUAAAUGAUAUAUAUCUAAGUGCUGAUGAUGCUAAUGGAUGGAAGCCAUGUUUGUAUUUUGCAAAAGGGUAUUGUAAAAAUGGAGCCAGUUGCCGGUUUUCUCACACCGAAAAUGAAGCCGAUAUGGCCGCCAUGGCCAUUGGCUCAUUAAACAAGGUUGAUAUGAUGGAGCAGUGCCAGGAACUGCUCCGGUCAAAAUCCGCACACCAGCAGAGGUUGUUGAUGGCUGCUGCUGGUGGCGGAAGUGGGGGCGGUUCGUCCCCUAACUUUCCAUUUCCGAAUAGUCCGAAAUCUAUGAACUUUUUAAUGAAUCAGCAGUCUUUGCAGUCGGAUAGUCCGAGAAUGGCGGCUGCAGCUGCGGCUGCAUUGAUGAUGGGGGACGAAAUGAAUAAGUUCGGUCGAUCUAGACUCGACCGAAACGAUUUUUCAAUGGGUAUGUUGAACCCGGGUUCGAGACAAAUCUACCUAACUUUUCCGGCGGAUAGUACUUUUAGGGAAGAGGAUGUUUCGAAUUACUUCGGUAUGUUCGGGCCGGUUCAAGAUGUUCGGAUUCCGUACCAGCAAAAGAGAAUGUUUGGAUUUGUGACCUUUGUGUAUGCCGAAACUGUUAAGCUGAUACUCGCAAAAGGGAACCCGCAUUUUGUCUGUGACGCUCGAGUGCUUGUCAAACCAUACAAGGAAAAGGGGAAAGUGCCUGAGAAGUUUAGGAAACAACAGCAUCAUCAAAUGGAUAGCCCCACGGGGUAUGAUAACCGCGAUCCUUUCGAUCUACAGAUUGGGGCAAGAAUGCUGUACAACAGUCAGGAUCUGCUAUGGCGGAAAAAGUUGGAGGAACAGGCAGACUUGCAACACGCGAUCGAGCUUCAGAACCGUCGGAUCAUGGAUCUGCAACUUCUCGACGUGAAAAGAAGUCACCACCACCGUGCGCUAUCUGCUGGUUCGGUCAUUCCUUCGCCCACGUGUUUCUCUCCAAGUUACUCGCCAAGUUAUCUCAACCGCUCCGUUUUUGCAUCUGAUAGCCGUAGCAGCUCCAGUCCUGAUUCCGAGGAUGGUUUGCUUUCAAAAAUGGUGACUCCUUUAACUAUAAAAGUUCUUGAUGAUCCAUUGGAGGAAAAUGUAAACAUGGAGAAGGAGAAAGAGAAAGAGAAAGAGAAUGAUAAAGAGAAGGAAUCAUUGGAGUUGAAAGAUGAGAAUAGCAGUGGAAAAGCAAGCCCUCAUCAUGAAGAAGAAAUUGAUUUACCUGAUAGCCUGGAGCACAAUCUACCUGAUAACCUUUUUGCUUCACCGAAAGCAUCAGAUGAAUGCGGUACCUUUUUCUCAAAUGAUGACAACACCCCUGUUUCUUCGUCUCCGUCUUGCACCAACUUGAUCACCUCGCCGUUGCUUCCUGCCAGUUCAACUUUGGAUUUGGCUUCACUCAAGUCAUGCUACUUUCAGUUUCCUAGGUUUUCUUCGGGCCAGGGUGCCAUCGGAAUGUAGCGUUUAGUUCGUGUUUUUUAGCUUCCUUAGCUUAGGAAGAACAUAAAUAUAAAUAUAAAUAUAUAAAUAGAUAACAACAAAGGAUACCCAGAUGAGAUCUUUAGUGGAAUCAUCAUAACCAACAAUAACGACCGCCGUUACCACCACCAACCUGUGUCUCCACCGAUACUACUUACUACAAUACAAGAUUAUAUAGGUAAAAAGAAUGCAGUAAAAAAAGGUCUUUAAGUCCUGCCUCCCUUACAUUUCUCUUUUGUAGCACUUUAUAUUUUAGUUGAACUAAAGAUACCAUUGGAACAAAGCUUGUUAUAGAAACCAAAAAGUAAGAAAAAAAAAAAGAAAAAGUCAAAUGUAUGUUAGCAGUCCUACCCCUGGAUGUAGUGUAUUUGUGUUAGAAAAAUGAGGAGGAGCUGUCAAUGUGUGUGCUUGUACAGCUGCUGAAAAAGAGGAAAGUAAGGAAGGGGCAAAGUUGUAAAAGGAUAUGUUGUGGGGUUGGUAUGGAUGUAGAGAGGGAGGGAGGGAGGAUUGAUGUAAUAGAUUGUAUUUUUAUUGUUAAAAGGUACCUAGAAAAGAAAUGGUUGGAGUUAUACCACAACUAGUCAAUGUUAUUAAUAUUUCUCUAUUAUGCAUGUAUGUAUACAACAAUAUAUUAUGAUUAUGAUCAGCCAAAGAGUAGAGACAUGAACUUUAGAAAAUGACAAACAGAACAAUGGAUAUUUAAUAUUA